AUGGGGCUUCCUGAGGAGCGGGGCCGGAGCGGCGGCGGCGGCGGGGCCCGGGGGGAGGCUGGCGCGCCCAGCCGGCCGCGGAGCUGGUCGCCGCCGCCCGAGCUCCGCCGCGCCGCGCACGUCUCCUCGCUGCCGCGCUACCGCGAGCUGCACCGGCGCUCCGUGGAGGAGCCGCGAGAGUUUUGGGGAGACAUUGCCAAGGAAUUUUACUGGAAGACCCCAUGUCCUGGCCCAUUCCUCAAGUACAACUUUGAUGUGACUAAAGGAAAAAUAUUCAUUGAGUGGAUGAAAGGAGCAACUACCAACAUCUGUUACAACGUACUGGAUCGAAUUGUCCAUGAGAAAAAACUUGGUGACAAAAUUGCCUUUUACUGGGAGGGCAAUGAGCCAGAGGAGACUACCCAAAUCACAUAUCAUGAACUUCUGGUCCAAGUGUGUCAGUUCAGCAAUGUUCUCCGAAAACAGGGCAUUCAGAAGGGUGACCGAGUGGCCAUCUACAUGCCCAUGAUACCAAAGCUUGUGGUAGCAAUGCUGGCAUGUGCUCGCAUUGGAGCUCUCCACUCCAUUGUGUUUGCAGGCUUUUCUGCAGAGUCUCUAUGUGAGCGGAUCCUGGAUUCCAGUUGCAGCCUUCUCAUCACUGCAGAUGCCUUCUACAGAGGGGAAAAACUUGUGAAACUGAAGGAUCUAGCUGACGAGGCCCUGGAGAAGUGUCGGGAGAAGGGUUUCCCUGUGAGAUGCUGCAUUGUGGUCAAGCACCUGAGGAGGUCAGAGCUGGGAACAGGUGACUCUCUCAGUCAGCCCCCACCAAUUAAGAGGCCAUGUCCAGAUGUGCAGCUCUCCUGGAAUGAGGGGGUUGACUUCUGGUGGCAUGAACUCAUACACGAGGCAGAGGAUGUGUGUGAGCCUGAGUGGUGUGAUGCCGAGGACCCGCUCUUCAUCCUGUACACCAGUGGCUCCACAGGCAAACCCAAGGGUGUAGUACACACAGUUGGAGGCUAUAUGCUCUAUGUGGCCACAACCUUCAAGUACGUGUUUGACUUCCAUGCAGAGGAUGUGUUCUGGUGCACAGCAGACAUUGGCUGGAUCACUGGCCAUUCCUAUGUCACCUAUGGACCAAUGGCUAACGGUGCCACCAGUGUUUUGUUUGAGGGGAUCCCCACGUACCCGGACGUGAGCCGCAUGUGGAGUAUUGUGGACAAGUACAAGGUGACCAAGUUUUACACAGCACCUACAGCUAUCCGCCUGCUCAUGAAGUUUGGAGACAAGCCUGUCACCAAGCAUAGCCGGGCAUCCUUACAGGUAUUAGGCACAGUAGGAGAACCCAUUAACCCUGAGGCCUGGUUGUGGUACUACCAGGUAGUAGGCGCCCAACGCUGCCCUAUUGUGGACACCUUCUGGCAGACAGAGACAGGUGGCCAUAUGCUGACCCCUCUCCCUGGUGCAACACCCAUGAAGCCUGGUUCUGCUUCCUUCCCAUUUUUUGGCGUAGCUCCUGCAAUCCUGAAUGAGUCUGGGGAAGAGUUGGAAGGUGAAGCGGAAGGCUAUCUGGUGUUCAAGCAGCCCUGGCCAGGGAUCAUGCGCACCGUCUGGGGGAAUCAUGAGCGCUUUGAGACUACCUACUUCAGGAAGUUCCCUGGGUACUACGUGACAGGGGAUGGUUGUCGGCGAGACCAGGAUGGCUAUUAUUGGAUCACUGGCAGGAUUGAUGACAUGCUGAAUGUAUCUGGACACCUGCUGAGCACGGCAGAGGUGGAGUCAGCACUUGUGGAACAUAAGGCUAUUGCAGAAGCAGCCGUGGUCAGCCACCCUCACCCUGUGAAGGGCGAAUGCCUCUACUGCUUUGUCACCCUGUGUGAUGGCUAUACCUUCAGCUCCACUCUCACCGAGGAGCUCAAGAAGCAGAUUAGAGAAAAGAUUGGCCCUAUUGCCACACCGGAUUACAUCCAGAAUGCACCCAGCUUGCCUAAAACCCGCUCAGGGAAAAUCAUGAGGCGGGUGCUCCGGAAGAUCGCUCAGAAUGACCAUGACCUGGGAGACACGUCUACCGUGGCUGACCCAUCAGUCAUCAGCCAGCUCUUCAGCCUCCGCUGCUUGACCGUCCAGUGA